GUAAAGAUGGCGGCUGCUAGAGCUGUGAAGAAAUUAUAUGGCAUUGGGCUUCAUGCAAUUCGUCAAAACACAGCAUUAAAAGCAACAACGCUUCUCCAACAAAGGGGAUUCCGCGUCAAUGGAGUUCUUCGUCAGCAGUCGAUUGAUGAUUCCGACGAGAAGCCGCAGUUUCCUGGUGCCUCGGCGGAGUUUAUUGAUCACCUGGAGUUUAUUCAGCCCAAUGUGAUCUCAGGAAUCCCUGUCUACAGAGUGAUGGACAGACAGGGCCAGAUCAUCAAUCCCUCCGAAGAUCCGCAGCUCUCGAAAGAGACCGUUUUGAAUUUCUAUCAGAAGAUGACGUUACUAAACACAAUGGACCGUAUUCUUUAUGAGUCUCAGAGGCAGGGCCGAAUUUCAUUCUACAUGACCAAUUACGGUGAGGAGGGCACACAUAUUGGAAGCGCUGCAGCUCUUGACCCUUCUGAUCUGGUCUUUGGCCAAUACCGGGAAGCUGGUGUGUUGAUGUACAGAGGUUUCCCUCUGGAUCUGUUUAUGGCACAGUGCUAUGCCAACGCUGAUGACCUUGGUAAGGGCAGACAAAUGCCAGUUCAUUACGGCUCCAAAGACCUCAAUUUUGUCACCAUCUCUUCACCACUUGCCACUCAGAUCCCCCAAGCGGCUGGAGCAGCGUACGCAGUGAAGAGGGAGAACGCAAACCGCGUGGUGAUCUGUUACUUUGGAGAAGGAGCUGCCAGUGAAGGAGAUGCUCAUGCUGGAUUUAACUUCUCCGCAACACUUGAGUGUCCUCUCAUAUUCUUCUGCCGCAACAACGGUUAUGCCAUCUCUACACCCACCAAUGAACAGUACAGAGGAGAUGGUAUUGCUGCUCGAGGUCCAGGAUAUGGCCUGAUGUCGAUCCGUGUAGAUGGCAAUGAUGUAUUUGCAGUGUAUAAUGCCACGAAAGAGGCCCGCCGCAGAGCUGUGGCUGAAAACCAGCCCUUCCUCAUUGAAGCGAUGACCUACAGGAUCGGUCAUCACAGCACCAGUGACGACAGCUCUGCCUACCGUUCAGUGGACGAGGUGAACUACUGGGACAAGCAGGACCACCCCAUCUCUCGCCUGCGCCACUACAUGACAGCCCGCGAUUGGUGGGGAGAGGAUGAGGAGCGCGCCUGGAGGAAGCAGUCACGAAAACUCGUCAUGGAGGCCUUCGAAAGAGCCGAGAGACGCCUGAAACCCAACCCUGACCUGAUGUUCACCGACGUCUACGAUGAGAUGGUGCCUCACAUCGCCAAGCAGAAAGAUUCCAUGUGGAGACACGUCCAGCAAUAUAAAGAGCAUUACCCACUUGACCACUAUGAGAAAUAAUCCAUGAGCCAUGGACACAACUGGGAAAGUUCUUGCACAUGUCAGAUUGUCUGAAUUCUUCCUUUUGUUUCCAUUUUACACUUUUGUUGGUUGCAUUAGAAAGCACAAAAAUAAUGGUAAUGUUGUUCUCCAUAUUUGCCACUAGAGGCCUCUGUGCUGUCAUUUUGUGCCUUGGAAAAUGGUGGAAGUGGAGCAGUGCUGGAAAUAUGUUGAAGAUCUUCUACACAGGCCUGAUGUAGCAAAUAAUCCUGUCAUCAAUACAGUAUCCAUUUAUCAACAUGGUGUUAUCAAUCAAUUGACCAUUGUUUAUUCAUUUUAAGGGAUAGUUCACCAAAAAUUUUAAAUUUCCUGACAAUUUAUCCACACUCAAGCGGUUCUGUUAAACACAAAACAAGAUAUUCUGAAUAAUGUUGCAAAAAAGCAGACAUUGACAUCCAUAGUGGGAACAAAAAAAAAA